AUGGCUUCUGUGAGCACAGGCAUUAUCAAUUUCGAAGACUACAUGGGUGUUUCGGCAGCUCUUUUCGAGUGGGCAGAAAGCUAUGAUACCAAAGAUUGGGACCGUCUGCGAAAAUGCGUCACUCCUGAGUUGCGAAUAGAUUAUCGAGACGUGAUAGGAAAGCUGUGGGAAUCUAUGCCGGCCGCAGACUAUGUUGCCAUGAUUUCUAGCCCGGCGGUCCUAGGAAACCCGCUUUUGAGGACGCAACACUUUGUCGGUGCCACAAAGUGGGAAAAGAUCUCUGACACAGAGAUUCUUGGACACCAUCAGCUACGUGUACCCCAUAUCAAACUUUCUGAUGCGAGCCCGCCGGUUGAGGAGAAGAAGGGUCACGCCCACAGCUACAAUCAGCAUUGGUAUCGAAAGAUAGACGGUGUUUGGAAGUUCGCUGGUCUGCGCCCGGAAGUAAGAUUCGGCGAGUACGACAUGAAAGGCAUUUUUGAAAGCGGGCGGCAGUCGGUAGCUUCAGAGUAG